GUUCGUGCGCACAAGCUGUUGAAAUUCAUAGAGAAUCCUCAAAUUCCAGAGGAAUUCAUCGCUGCUGCAGACGGAACUAAAUCUGUGAACGAUGCGUAUAUCACUUGGGAACAGCAGGAUCAGAUGCUGUUCUCAUGGAUGUUGUCGUCUUUGUCGGAGACACUUCAUGCUCGUGUGAUUCAUUGCCUGAAGUCGCAUGAGCUCUGGAGCACGAUUAAGGAGUUUUUCAAAGCAAAUGUUAUCGCAAGGGCCAGACAACUAAAAUCCGAACUCUACAAUACUGGAAAAGGGGAGCGAUCGAUUUCUGAGUAUCUUAUAAACAUUCAGACUAUCGUUAACAAUCUUCGUCUGGUUGGUGAACCGUUGUCUAGCAAAGAGCAUAUUAAUGUUAUCCUCGAAGGUCUUCCAGAAGACUACGAAUCGUUGGUAUCAUCUGUAACCUCUCGUAGUACUCUCGAGCCUGUUUCAUUGACUGAACUUGAAUCCUUGCUGCUAGCAAAGGAGAUGCGUCUGAAGAAAUUUCAUGAAUCAACAAAACAAAGUGUGUUCUCAGCUCACGUCGCUCAGGUUGAAACCUCUUCCACAACUGAAACAUCUGUAGCUACUGAUAAUCCCUCCGCGAAUAUUGCUCAGUUCAGUAACUCAAACAACAAUGUCUCUCAACGUGGACGAGGCCGUGGAGGUUUCACUAGAGGCAGAGGUGGCCGCUCUGGUGGUCGUAGCUCUGUAAUCUGCCAGGUCUGUGGAAAAAGUGGCCAUCAUGCUUUGAUUUGUUAUCACAGGUAUAAUCCUACCUAUACUGUCUCAAACUCUAAUUUCACAAAUUCUACACCUGAGAAUCCUGGAGGAGCAAAUUACUGGAAUCCACAUUCACAAGCUUCUUACUAUCAAAUACCUCCCCAACCUAAACCACAUACCUCUCACAUAUUUUCUGCUCCAUGGAAUCAUCAGCCCUUUAAUUCACCUUCUCCAACUUUUAAUUGGGGACAUCAACAAUCCUCUGCACCAUCUGCAAACUUUGCUACCACAACUGCAUCUAUACUUGGGCCUGUUCCACAAAAUCAAACCUGGUUUCCUGAUUCAGGAGCAACACAUCAUGUUACUGCAGAUCCACUAAACUUCCAGCAUUGUGAGCCUAUUGCAACAACUGACAAGCUCUUUAUGGGCAAUGGUCAAGGUUUCUAAACAGGUUUUGUUGCAUGGAAUACUUGGUGAAGAUGGCUUGUACAAGUUUCCAUGUAUUCCUCUUGGUUCCAGUUCAACUGCUGCUGUCACUUCACAAGCUUAUUCAGUGUCUAGAAAUAAUUCUAUGUCUCCUUUUUCACUUUUGUCAGCCUGUAAUAAAUCUCAAUCAUGUAAUCUCUCAGAUUCAUGUAAUGUUUGGCAUCUCAGAUUAGGUCAUCCUCAUCCUGAGGCACUUAAAUCUGUACUUCAACUUUGUAAUGUUUCUGUCAGUAAUAAGAAUAAUCUUCAGUUUUGUUCUGCCUGUUGCCUUGGUAAGGCACAUAGACUCCCUGCAUAUUCUUCCAACACUGUUUAUCACAAACCAUUUGAACUAAUAUUCACUGACCUAUGGGGCCCAGCACCUGUUAUAUCCUUUGAUGGUUACACAUACUAUAUUGCCUUUAUUGAUGCUCACACAAGAUAUACCUGGAUAUAUUUUCUGAAAAACAAAUCUGAUGCCCUUCCAGCAUUCCAAAACUUUUACAACCUUGUCCUCAAUCAAUUCUCCACAUCCAUCAAAUCUCUCCAAUCUGACUGGGGAGGAGAAUUUAGAUCCUUCACCAAUUUUCUGUCUCAAAAAGGGAUCACCCACAGAAUCAUAUGUCCACACACACACCAUCAAAAUGGUGUGGUAGAACGAAAACAUCGCACAAUUGUUGAAAAAGGACUGUCACUUCUUGCCCAUUCUUCAUUGCCUUUUAAGUUUUGGGAUGCUGCUUUUGCAACUUCAGUACAUCUCAUAAAUAGAACCCCUUCCAAAUCAAUAUCCAAUUCUAGCCCAUAUUUCCAGCUUUUUGGUUCUGUACCAGACUAUUCCUUCCUCAGAGUCUUUGGCUGCUCCUGUUAUCCUUUUUUGCGACCCUACAACAAGCAUAAAAUGGAUUUCCACUCUGAAGAGUGUAUUUUCAUAGGGUACUCUUCACAACACAAAGGCUACAAGUGUCUUUCCAAAUCUGGGAGAAUAUACAUUUCAAAAGAUGUCACAUUUCAUGAAUCAAAAUUCCCUUAUCCAACCUUAUUCCCCUCCAACCAGCCCACCAACAUAAAAGUCUCUACACCAAAUUCUGCAAUCCUCACCAUCUUACAUCCACAUUCAUCCAAUUCUCAACCAGAUACCUCCCAACCGAAUACCUCCCAUAGCCAUGUCUACUCACCACCUACAAAUAACAUCUCAACCCACUCUAACACUGACUCUACACCUACCAAUAAUUCUGAUCCAUCCUCUGUUCCUUCCAUAUCUGCCAUACCUUCUCAACAAGACCACAUAUCCUCCUCUACUUCCACCUCUUCCUCUUCCACACCUCAUCAGUUGACUAACACUCAUCCCAUGCAAACCAGAGCCAAAUCAGGAAUUAUCAAACCAAGACUUAAUCCUACCUUACUAUUAGCACAUAUUGAGCCCAAGUCAGUGAAGCAAGCUCUCUCAUCUCCCCAGUGGUUCUCUGCAAUGCAGGAUGAAUACAAUGCCCUUAUAGCUAAUGGUACUUGGUCAUUGGUUCCCUUACCACCAGACAAACAUGCCAUUGGUUGUAAAUGGGUCUUCAGAGUGAAAGAAAAUUCUGAUGGAUCUCUUAAUAAAUUCAAAGCCAGGCUGGUUGCUAAAGGUUUCCAUCAGAGGUUUGGAUUUGAUUUUACUGAAACCUUCUCACCUGUUGUUAAGCCAGUCACUAUUAGAGUUCUACUCACACUGGCAGUUUCUCACAAAUGGACUGUUCAGCAAUUAGAUGUCAAUAAUGCCUUCCUCAAUGGGACACUUGAUGAAGAAGUCUACAUGGUUCAGCCUCCAGGUUUUCAGGCACAGGACCCAUCUCUUGUCUGCAAACUCCACAAGUCAUUAUAUGGCCUAAAACAGGCUCCAAGGGCAUGGUUUCACAAACUCACUUCUGUUCUUUAUACAGCUGGUUUUCAACAGAGCAAAUGUGAUCCUUCCCUCUUGUUUUUCAUGUCCCCAGGAAUUCAGAUCUAUAUCCUCAUAUAUGUAGAUGACAUUCUUGUUAUAGGAAAUGAUUCCUAUGCUAUUCAAAAUCUCAUCCAGAAAUUGCAUUCAUCUUUCUCUCUCAAGCACCUAGGAGACAUUGAUUUUUUCCUUGGUAUUGAAGUAAGGAAAUUAGGUGAUGGCAGCUUGCAUCUAUCCCAGACAAAGUAUGUGAGAGAUCUACUGUAUCAGACUGGCAUGUUAGAUUCAAAAGGAGUUAAAACUCCCAUGAUUAGUAGCUGCAAACUUACAAAUACUGGUAGUCCAUGUCUACCAGACCCAUCUACUUACAGAUCUGUUGUUGGCACUCUGCAAUAUGCCACUCUAACAAGACCAGAAAUUAGCUAUGCUGUUAACAAGGUUUGUCAGUUCAUGGCAGCACCUUUACAAGAACACUGGAAGGCAGUUAAACACAUUCUCAGAUAUCUAUCAGGAACUAUCACACAUGGCAUCAUCAUUAAACCUCUUCCUUUGAACACCAUGGCUCUACCUAUUUCAGCCUACUGUGAUGCUGACUGGGCAUCUGAUCCUGUUGACAGAAGGUCCACAUCUGGUUCAUGCAUCUUUUUUGGAUCUAACAUCAUCUCAUGGUGGUCAAAGAAGCAACAAAAGGUAGCCAGAUCCUCAGCAGAAGCUGAGUACAGAAGUCUAGCAGACACAGCUGCAGAGGUCUUGUGGGUUCAAUCUCUACUUCAAGAGCUUCAAGUACCAUUUUCUAC